UCGUGUGAUGAUGAUCAAAGAGAGAUUUUACACGUCAUAUUUAUUCUUAAGUUACUUUUAAUAAAAAGUUUUUUUUUAAUAAGUUUUCAAAGGUUUAUUACAUUUUUUUAAAUGUAGCUCUUAAUUUUUUUUACAAGUGAGAGCAUAGGGGUGUGAAUGACUUUUUUCUGUCUAAGGAUAGUUUAUCAUGAGUUAAAGUGCUUCCAAAGGACACCAACUGAAACAUAAAUAAAGUUUGGAAUGAAAAUAAUGUCUUAAAGUUGAUUAAUUUAAUGUGCAGUGGAAAUGGUGUAUUCUUCCAAUAAUAUUGUUGCUUUGCAGUCAUCACCUACUUUCCGUAGAGCUACUGUUGGUUAUCACGAGCAACAUUGUAUUGCUGAUGAUAUUUUUAAUAGUGGUGGCAUUUGUAUUGAUAUGGUUGGCACAAAUAGUUGUGAAAUGGCCACGAACGAAAGAAAUUGUAGCGCUCUGUCAUGGCCAGAGACCGGAUGCAAUGAGAAUGAGGUAUUUUUUUUAUGUUUGAUUGAACUAUUUUCUAAUAUAUUGAUUAUUUUGUACAUAUCGGAAUUUAUGUUUAAAAAAAAUGUUCGCGGGAUUAGUCUUUGAAUUUUAUGACAUUUAUUGAAUUUUUAUGAAACAUCUGCUGAGGAUAAUUGUAUAAAUCAAUACAAUUAUUAACUAAUACUUAUUAUUAGUUAGUUUUUACUUUUUUUUGUUCAAGAGAUUAUUUUUCUUUAUUUUUUCUGUUACAAAGAAAACCUCAUGGAAUGUCAGUAGUUAUAAUGAACUGAAUUUGAGAUAAGACUUAUCUAUCACUUUGAGGAAUGUUAUCUAAAGAAUACGCCUUAAGAUUGUCUUAGAAAAUAAUCUGAUAUGUUCUUUUUUUGUUUACAUCAUUUUAUACAUAAGUAGGUACAUAAACUACUAAUUAAUCCACGGAGUUUGAUAACUCAAAAUUAUGCAUACGGUGAUCAUAUAAUUAUAAAAUUUACAUGAGUUGUAAUUUGAUCAUUUUUUUAAAAUCAUUUAACAUAAUUCAGCAAAAAAUUUUUGGGUCAUCUAAAAGGUAAUAAAUCCCAAAGAUUUUAAGUGAGGGUGUAAGUUAAACACCUUAAAUGAAUUUUUAAUACACAAUGUAGGUACUUAUCAAAAUGUUUAUAUAAUUUUUCCUUCUAGGAAAUGAUCAUUGAGAAAGACAAAUUGUGUUUAUAUAUUUUGCUUCAUUUGACAUGUACCUAAUCUACGUGUAAUACACAACUAAUUAUGAUUUACUUACUGUGUAUUUGUAUACGUAAGAUAUUAAAAAGAAAGGUAGGUAAGCUAAAGAAUAUACAGAAACAGUGUAAGAAACUGUGAGAAAACUCUAUGUGUGAGAUAUGUUGCUGUAAUUGUAUGCGGAGUAUGAUCAUCAUGGAUGAAAAACUGUAAAACAUACAUUAUGUUAUGUACUAACAAUAUAAAAAUGCUUUAGGUUGUAUAUAGGUGUAUACCUAUGUACAAUAAUUGUCCCUUAUAUGUACAUAUAUAAAACUAUGUAUAAUCAUAUAUGUAUGUGCAUAGCAUAUAUCCACAUACAUAUAUAUGGCAUUUUAUAUGAACAUAGGUGUGUAUAGCUUGUGAUUCGUGAUGUGUGACUCAGAAUUAAAUUUCCGAAGUUGCCUUCUCAGUUGUAGUCGAAGCUUGUUUCAUUUCGGGUCACUUAAAGUGUGUUUUAUUUGUAAUACAUAUAUUAGUUUGGUGAUGUAUCCCUAAACUGUACGAGAUGUGUUUUGGAUUAAAAUUAGUGUCUGCACGAUGGAUUACAUCCCUAUUUAUCGAUGAAUAGUGAAGUUUUCUUGUAUGAUUGAAAAUUGCUUCUUUAAAAAAUAAUAAAAGAACACCAUCAUGGUGAAAUUGUGAAAGAUAAAAAAAUCACAGCUAAAAAGAAUAUGUGGUGUCGUGAGUUUGAGGAUAAAACUCUGAGAGAAAAAUUGGAUAAAGUUAUUUGUAAAAAUUAUUGGGACUCAUGGUCGUGGUUGACUCUUUCAUUGAAUUGAGAGAAAACAAAAAGAAUGGACACAAAUAAAUUUUAACACGACGUUAAGAUUCAUUCAUUCGAACUAUGGUAUACACAUACAUAUCAUAGUAUAUGUGUAAUACAGAAAAUGUGCAAUAUAUAGUAUUUUUGGUGGGAGAAGCGAAGGAAUAGUGUUCAAUAUUAUAGUUUUAUUUUUUACUGUUCAUUUGUGCAAAUGUAAAAUAUUACCUAUAUUCUUGUGUGGAUUUUCAUCAGUGUGUAUGCAGCAGUAAAUUGGAAAAUGACUGCAAUAGAAAGUGAUUGAAAAUUGUGGCAGGAGGUGAUGUAGGUGGAUUUUUUUUUCGUUGCUGCUGCAAAAGUUAUGUUGAGAGUGCCACGUGUUGAAAAAAGAAAUUAGAUGAGUUCUUAAGAAAAAAAAAAUACAUAUUUGAGUGUUAUUAAAAAAUAAUGUGGCGAGAUAUCAGUGCAACAGCCAUUCAGGCACCUCUUGGUACCUAUCAACAAUAUCCAGCAGCAGCAUCUGGGGGGACACCUGGUGGUGCUUCUGGUGGGGCAAAUGAGAAUCGUUGGAACGUACCUGGGCAAAGAUCGUCAUAUUCAUUGCCCCAUCCAGCACAUGCUAAUAGCAAUACACGGUGGCAGCACUUUGAUGGGCCAUCAUCCCAUACACUGGCGCAUUCGCCAUCGUUCCAGAACAUCCCCUCAUCAGCUCAUGGUCCGUUGGCAGAUGGAGCACGUCAUGCGAAAUCUCGUCCAGCGUCUAUGUAUGAUACACCGCAGUCACAGUCCAGCUAUUUGCCGAGUUUCUUUCUAUCUGGUAUAACAAAGUCAGCAAAAACUGCUAAAAAUUACCAUUAUCAUCAUCAACAAAUUGGACAUAAUAAUGUACAACAACGAUUGCGACAGGGACCUGGAGAAUUGAAGGUGGAUCCUGAGCUAAUUUUUACAAAACAAGAAAGAAUUGGGAAAGGAUCUUUCGGUGAAGUAUUCAAAGGUGUCGAUAAUCGAACUCAACAGGUUGUCGCUAUAAAAAUUAUUGAUUUGGAAGAGGCUGAAGAUGAAAUUGAGGACAUUCAGCAAGAAAUUAUGGUGCUUUCGCAAUGCGACUCUCCAUUUGUCACUAAAUAUUACGGAUCCUACCUUAAGGGCACGAAGUUAUGGAUUAUUAUGGAAUAUUUGGGCGGUGGAUCAGCUUUGGAUCUCAUGAAAGCUGGUUCCUUCGAAGAGAUGCACAUUGCUAUAAUUUUGCGUGAAGUACUCAAGGGUUUGGACUAUCUACAUUCAGAACGUAAACUCCAUCGUGACAUUAAGGCUGCCAAUGUGCUCCUUAGUGAGAUGGGUGAUGUUAAAUUGGCAGAUUUUGGUGUUGCUGGUCAAUUGACAAAUACAACAUCAAAGCGCAAUACAUUUGUUGGAACACCAUUCUGGAUGGCACCAGAAGUGAUAAAACAAUCAAUGUAUGACUCCAAGGCGGAUAUAUGGUCAUUAGGUAUCACAGCAAUUGAAUUGGCAAAAGGAGAGCCACCCAAUUCGGAAUUGCAUCCAAUGAGGGUGCUCUUUCUCAUACCUAAAAACAAUCCACCACAACUUACAGGAAAUUACACGAAGCCAUUUAAGGAAUUCGUUGAAGCAUGUCUCAAUAAAGAUCCUGAAAACAGACCAACUGCUAAGGAAUUACUUAAAUUUGCUUUUAUUAAAAAGGCCAAGAAAAAUUCUUACCUCAUUGAUCUAAUUGAUCGAUAUAAGAAAUGGAAAUCACAAAAGGGUGAUGAAAGUGAAACGGAAUCGGAAAAUUCAGAUUCGGAGGAAUCAAAGCCAGAUAGUGAUUUGGAUGAACCUUGGAUUAUGACAGUGAAGGGUCUACAUAAUUAUAAUAAUUUUAAGGGCCCGCCACCGCCUCUAGUCGAGGAUAAUGCGUCAGUUCCGCUUAUACACAAUGGAGCUAAUAAUUCGCCAUCAAAGGAUUCAAAUUUGAAUCUUUAUAAGUUAAAUCAGACACGGCCAUCUGCAGCAGGUAAUCAACUAUUGCAACAGGUUGGAGAUAGUAGGAAGGAACGCGAUAGAGGAGAGUUCCAAUCUACUCAAAUACAACAAUCAACCGUAGCAGCAUCUGUUAUUGUUCCUGCUAGUGUUCAAACGAUGAAGGAAAAGGAAGAUAAUCAACAUAGUUCUCAAAAGGAGACAACACAGCUGAAAGAACACGAUUGGGAGACACGUGAACGGGAAAAAGAGUCCAAAGAGUUGCGUGACAAUAGGAAAUUAUCCAAGGAGAAUUAUACAAAUGAUCGAAUGAGUGAGCAACAGUCAGCAAUGCAACAAGAGGAGAAACGAAUAAGCCUAAGGCGUGAUCAUCGUGACAAUAAAGAGGCUCCCCAAUCACAAAUUGGAGGACACAAUGCCAGUAAUACGAAUGUUGGUGCCAAUACAACAACACCAGCAUCCUUGUCUGUAUCUCCAUCGUUUCCAAUUACACACAGCAAUGCAGCUAAUGGAAAUACAACUGGAAAUAGCAUUAAUUCCGUAUCAAGUGCUACAAAAGCUGGGACUCGUGUUAAUUCAUGUCUCAAUAGUUUUAUCUCUUCCCUUUUAUCUGAUUUGCAGCGUAAAUAUCACUACUCAAGUCAAAAUACACCGGCACUAGAUGUUGUAGAUUUAAGAGCUGCUUUCGAGUUGGCUGAGCGAAGUAGCCCAGGUGUUAGUGAUCUCUUCGUUAAAGAAAUCAUACAUAAAUUGGUGCCCGGUUAUUCUGAGACACGUAUCAAUACGCUUAUGGACAAAGUUACGAGUGAAAGGAACUAAUAGAAAGGGAAUUUACGCAUCUGUUGAGAAAUAUAGUUGAAAGCACCAUAUGUAGGGUUUCAUAGUAAAUAAGGUAAGGCAGACACGCGUGAUUUCCAGACGACAUGAUAAAUUUAGAGAGAGAAUCAUUGCUUUGUGGAACAUAAUGACAGUUUUUUUCAACAAAUUCCGGUUAAAUAAUUUAUUCUUCUUUGGCGUAUUAAUUUGAGUGUAGCUCACAAUGACUAACUUAUUUUGUUUCUUAUUGUUUUCGAGAUCGCACUAAAUCGAUAAAUUAUUUUAUUGACAGAGUAAAACCUCUAGAAUGAUUCUAUUCCACAAUGAUGAUGAAAAAAAAAGAAGAUUCUUUUAGUAAAAUCCAAUUAUAAAGGCAAUAUUGCAAAAUGAUAUAUUUAUUGUUAAAAAAUAUAUAUAUUUGUUCAAGUAAAAAUUAUAACAAUAAAAAAGGCAUUAGAUGAAUUUUUUAGUAUCAAGAAUAGCAGUGGACGAUGUAAAAAUAAAACAUUAUUAAUGACAGGAAAACAAAUAUUUAUAAUUAUUGUAUGAAUUGUUUUUAUUACCUAUAUUUAUUAGAAGAAGAAGAAAAAAAAAGUAAGUUUAUUGCAAGAUGCUGGAAAGCUCAAAGUUCGAAAUAAAAUUUUGUACAUAAUUUUCUUUACAUUUUAUUCUUGUUUCAAUUAUUUUGUUUUAAUUUAUCAAAAUAAAAAAAAAACAAAA